UGCGUGGUCCCGAGGAUAGCUAGAUGAUAUAAUCUGACGCGUCCCGGGUUAUAGGAAGCACUAGAUCAAAGAACUUAAUCGCUUGGAUCCAUUGAACCAUAGUGAUUUUGAUGAUGGAUCUCUUAGUCUUGGCCGUGAUAAUUGUUCUGCUUGUUACUCUUCUAGGAACCAAGCUGAAGCUGAAACAGGACUACCGGAAUUUACCUCCGGGGAGCUCAGGCUGGCCGGUGAUAGGUGAGACGCUCGACAUGCUGAGGGCAAAUUCCGAAGGGAAUCCCCUCAAGUUCUCCAGGGACCGAGUGGAGAAGUACAAGUCAUUGGUCUUCAGGACUCGUGUACUUGGGGAGAACAUGGCGGUGCUCUGCGGGCCUGCUGGGAACAAGUUCGUGUUCUCAAACGAGGGCAAGAAGGUCGCGGUAUGGUGGCCCAGCUCGGUCCAGCAGCUGAUCGGGCCGUCCCUGGUCAACACUUCCGGGGAUGAGGCUCGAGUCCACAGAAAGAUGCUGAUGAACUUCUUCAGCAUUGAAUCGCUGAUGCAGUGCAUCCCCACCGUAGACGAGGUCACCCGUGGUCACCUCGCAACUCACUGGCAAGGUAAAGAGAUGGUCAAGGUUUACCCGACCAUCAAAGACUACACAUUCGAGCUGGCGUGCCGGCUCUUCAUGAGUAUCACUGAUUCGGAGGUCAUCUCGAGGCUCUCUUACCACUUCUGCUCCUUCAUCAAAGGAGUCAUCACAAUCCCGCUGAACUUUCCUGGGACCCGGUUCUAUGCCGCGAUGAGAGCCGCGGAUGCUAUAAGGAGAGAGAUCAGGGUUCUAGUGAAGCAAAGGAGGAUCGAUCUUGAGAAUAAGGUGGCUUCCCCUACACAGGACCUCCUGUCCCGCUUGAUGUCGAACCCGGACGAAAAUGGAAAGUUCCUACCCGAAGUGGAAAUCAUAAAUGAUAUGCUGGACAUGCUCUUUGCGGGGCACGAUACUUCUAGCUCUACCAUAAUGUUGCUCAUGAAGUAUCUUGGGGAGCUGCCUCAGGUCCACGAGAAGGUUCUCGCCGAGCAAAGGGAGAUUGCAGCGUCAAAGGCAGCAGGAGAAUUGCUCAAGUGGGAGGACUUGCAAAGAAUGAGACAUUCGUGGAAUGUUGUGUCUGAAGUGAUGCGAAUGACUCCUCCGGUGAACGGUUCGUUUAGAGAAGCCAUGGUUGAUAUUGAAUUCGAAGGCUAUACCAUUCCCAAAGGCUGGAAGAUACACUGGAAUGCUGCCUUCACACAUUAUGAUCCAAACUGCUACCCCAAAGCAAUGGAAUUCGAUGAAUCAAGAUUUGAGGGAUCGGGACCUCCUCCUUACUCUUACGUGCCCUUUGGUGGUGGACCAAGGAUGUGUCUGGGAAAAGAGUUCGCUCGUCUUGAGAUCCUGGUAUUCCUACACAAUCUUGUCAAUCGCUUCAGCUGGGAGUUAUCAAUACCUAAUGAGAAAGUUAUAUAUGACCCGAUGCCGAAUCCGGUCAAUGGACUUCCUAUUCAUCUCCGACCCUGCAAUUCGUAAGGCUUAUUCCACAAGUUACCUUGCUUCGAUUAGCCCUAAGGGAUAGGUCUGUGGCUUUGGAACCUCGUACCCUCUGUUGUAUCAUGGAUGUCACUGAAUGUUGUCCACAAGUUCAUCAACCGAUUAUUUUCUGCUCUUGCGAGGUAAGAAAUGAACCAAAAGCAUGUACAUCAAGCAUGUAAGUCUAAAACCACUAGUGUUGGCUUCAUCCUGUUUCAUCCCAGGAGGAAAGCCAGAGUUGUUUCAUGUUGAGAGGGAUAAGAAAAAUAUUCAGAACCGAUCUAUUCC